UCUUUUUUUUUUUUUUUUUUUUUUUUGGUUCUUUUUUUCGGAGCUGGGGACCGAACCCAGGGCCUUGCGCUUCCUAGAUCAAUUUACAGAUGGUCGGGAACCAUCAUGUGGAUGCUGGGAAUUGAACUCAGAACCUCUGCAAGAGCAGCCAGUGCUCUUAACCGCUGAGCCAUCUCUCCAGCUGGAUGUUUUUCUAAUAAAAGAAUAAAGAAAACAAAUUUUUUUCCAUCAAGACUUUUUCAAGCCUGUUGGUGGAAACAUCAGGUAUAUAUACAGAAAGAACACUCACAUGCAUAAAUAAAUCUUUUAAAAAAGAAAGGAAAGAAGAAACUGGGACAUGGACGGACUCCAAAAACAAAAUGAGGUCAGGCAGUCUGGUGCCCAGAGUCCUCCAGCAGACAGGGAGCAGAGGUACAGAGGUGCCAAAGCCUUUGCCUGGAGCCCAUCACGCAGCCAUGCUCAUAGAGCACAGGGCAUAAAAAGCGCUGCAAGGGCGUGGAGUAAGGAGGACCCACGUUAAUAAUUACCCGCGGCCACCGGAUCUCUGCCCCGCCCCCGCGGUGGCCUGCUGCCUGCCAGCCGCUCUCCCUCGCUGACGCCACCUGCUUCCCGCACUGGACAUGGCUGGCAAGGCACACAGGCUGAGUGCUGAGGAACGGGACCAGCUGCUGCCAAACCUGCGGGCUGUGGGGUGGAAUGAACUGGAAGGCCGAGAUGCCAUCUUCAAACAGUUCCAUUUUAAAGACUUCAACAGGGCUUUUGGCUUCAUGACAAGAGUCGCCCUGCAGGCUGAAAAGCUGGACCACCAUCCCGAGUGGUUUAACGUGUACAACAAGGUCCAUAUCACCUUGAGCACCCACGAAUGUGCCGGUCUUUCUGAACGGGAUAUAAACCUGGCCAGCUUCAUCGAACAAGUUGCCGUGUCUAUGACAUAGAUCUACCCUGCCUCCUAUUUCCUUAGGGGAAAGGAGAAGGAGUGACUGGAGGAGGAACCCAGGGAGGGAACCAAGGAGGCUGGCCCUUGCUCCCUGACUCUUGCGGUGACCACCAUCUCCGUCAGGGAGGGGUAUGAGUCCCUCCCUGUGCAGAACGAUGCCCAUGUUCCUGGUGCCAGCCUCCUCACUGGGGCUCUGCCAUGUUAUAAUUUGAAUAAGCUCUCCCAUUUUCUAUAGAGUUCCUAGCCUCAGUUGUGUCCCAGGCUGCCUCUUGCUCCUUGUCUACCGGUUCUAGUUAAUUUUCCAAGUAGCUGUGAUAAAGCAUGACAGAAAGUCCAAUUCAGACCCUACUAAAACAAACCCCAAUAUAUUAUGGAAACAGUGCUUUUAUGCCUCCAAUAAAACCAUGCUAUCGAUGGGCUCA